AACAAGUCGUUCCUACGCCGAGUUCAGCCCGCGGUGUUGUUCGCCGCUACGCAUUUACACCCCUCGUGCAUAUUAUCUUUGUUCCGUGCGUUGUUCGCAAACAUGUCGUAGGCAGGAUGUAUGUUGUAUAAAAGUGCGAAACGAGAGUAAAAUCAGACUGUAUCGCAAGUGGAAAGUAUAAGUGGGUGACUAUCGUUGUGCUCGAGUCUGCACAUCGCCGUUCCUACGAUAUAGGUAUAUCAUACCUGCCUACCCGUGAUAUACCGGCGUAAGUUUACCCAUCACCAUUGACUCGACAGCUGCCCCGUGAAAAUGUUACGCUCCUUGUCGUCUAGAGGAAAUUUUGACACGAGGCACAGCUUGAAACGCAUAAGCGAUUUCGUUAUCAAAUAAUACGACAACGAAUUUCUCGUCGCCCUUGCUGCAGAACGGUUCCGUAGCUCAACGGGAUCUCCAUCGUUCUUCGAGGAUACAACUCUGCCGGAAAAUUUACAAAACCGAACGAUUAAACACGACAAAUAAACAAGUCAGAGAGGGAAAGGACAAAGCGGUGAAAAUUUGAAACUGCCGAAGAGAAAGAGCCUGAAGCAUGCGGUACGCGGCGCGGAAACGAGGCAGCUACCCUCGGCAAGAGUAAACGAAUGUAGUUACGAAAAUUGGCUUAGCUUAAUUCAAAAUGUCUUUCUUCGGCUGGGGUAAGAGCGGCAGCGGCACAGGCGGCGGCGGUGGCGAAAGUUCCGGUGCCGAACAACCGGGACGCAAUCUGCAGGAUGGACUUUUCCAGAUCGCUUCUCAGGCCUGCCACAUUCUGGUUCAAGUCAACAAUACGCACAACGUCUCGUACGGAGGGAGCAACAACGUCACCAAUGUCGCUUACUCGAAACAUUCAACGGCCGAAAGUUCGACCACUCUGGCGUCAUCUUCCUCGGCUGUCGGCGGUUCUUCCACGAGCAGGUCGUUCCCCGGGCAAUCAGUGCCCCGAAGCAAGGAUCAGGACGUCGUCGUCUUGCUGCCUCAGCACAAGAGCCGGACCCCCAGGAUCAGGCACAAAUUAUCGACGGUGUCGGAAAAUGCAAGACUGGACGUGAACUCACCGAGUGGAGGUGAUGACGACCUUGAGAUGUGGGAUCAGUCCGGAUUCAUGCUGAGGGGUGAUGCCGACGAUCCGUUAACGAACUCCAAAUGGGGAGCUCAAGGGUGGUGCAGACCGAGCUGCAUUCCUAUCACUGUCAUCCUGAUACUUAUCGUGCUCGUAGUCCUGCUUCCCUUACUCGACCACGCAGGGGACAAACACUCAUCGAACUCGACGUUCGGGAACGACCCGGGAUCGACUUGUAUGGACAGUUGUAAGAUCAAUUUGGUCGAAUCAAUUCCGAUCGGACUGGUUUAUGCCAACAACUCAGUCCAGCAUCGGAGCACGUACGAUUCGUGGAUGGAGUUGAUCGCAUCGGCGCAAUCAUCGAUAGAAAUCGCAGCCUUGUACUGGACGAUGAGAAGACAGGAUGUUUAUCCCGACGAUAGUGCCAAAGAGGGUGAAGACGUAUUCGAAGCCUUAUUGGAGGCUGGGAGAGAUCGAGGACUGCGAUUAAGAUUCGCGCAGAAUGUUCCCUCGCAACUGAAUCCCAAUGACGAUACGGAGUAUCUGGCGAAGAAGGCCAAUGCCCAGGUGAGAAGUUUAGACUUUCCGAGGCUUUUGGGAGCUGGAGUUCUGCAUACGAAAUUGUGGAUAAUCGAUCGUACCCACAUCUACGUUGGAUCCGCAAACAUGGACUGGCGUUCGUUAACCCAAGUCAAAGAACUGGGAUUGGUCGCUAUCAACUGCUCUUGUCUGGCUAACGACAUAGCAAAAAUAUUCGACGUUUACUGGAAAAUUUCCGAAGACGGCAAAAUUCCUGCGGUUUGGCCAGAUUCUUUGGCUACGAAAACAAACGUCAGCAACCCUAUGAACUUUACCUUGGGUGGAAACAAGUACAAGGCAUUCAUUGCGAGCUCACCACCGCCAAUGUCACCUCGAGGAAGAACGAAUGAUUUAGAUGCGAUUCUGCACUGCAUCGAUAAGGCUGAAAAAUUUAUUUACAUAUCGGUAAUGGACUUCUUCCCGCUGACCAUUUACACGCCUAAAACUAAAUACUGGCCAAUUAUUGACGAUGCUUUGCGGUCAGCUGCAAUUGAGCACAAGGUCCACGUCAAACUGCUGAUAUCAUGGUGGAAACAUUCAUUGCCAUCCGCGGAUUAUUUCCUCAAGUCGUUGGCAGUUCUUACGAAGAGUUACAGAAAUGUCAAAAUUGAAGCAAAGAGAUUCAUCGUUCCGACAAAUCCAAUUCUUGAUAAAAUACCGUACAUCAGAGUUAACCACAACAAAUACAUGGUGACGGACAGCGCCGCUUACAUUGGCACAAGCAACUGGUCCGGAGAUUAUUUCAUUUCCACAGCAGGGAUUGGAAUGGUCUUCGAAGACGUCGGUAACAAGAAUGAAGAAAGCAUACGACAACAGCUGGAAGAGAUAUUCCACAGAGAUUGGAAUUCCCAAUACGCCCACCCCUUGAACGAGACUUACGUCGAUAGGUAGACGAGGCAAAAAUACACCGUGUUGGACGAUCGAAUGACUAAUUUGACGUGUGGGAGCCGGAUUCAACAAUUCUAUCUCCAAGAUUUAAAUAUAAAUGUAACAUUCGCAUAUUCAACAACGUCUGCAAGACAUCGCGUCUCCCUGUAUUUAAUUGAUGCAAUAUCGACGAGUUUUUACUGGGUCUCCAAGUUUUCAGGUCUAGAAAUGCGUCUCCAGCCGUUUCCAGAUGGAAUCCUGGGUGCGUGUGAGUGUGUGUGUGAUCAAUUUUUUGUCCGACGAUACCACGAGAAUGAAAGAAUGGAUUUUGGAGGAUCUCGGUGUUAAUCGACACCACUCUUCUUAACUUAUAAAUGAUCAUAUUUCAGAUUCAAUCGAUCCAGUAAUUUUCAAUUUUUUCAAGUAGCAGAAUUAUAAAAAAAAAAAACAUUCUAUUUGACGACUUUUUCGAACCUUGCCACACAUCCGAGCCAGAAGAUCGUAGUUUGGCCGGUCAAGAUCAGGGACAUUAAAAACCUGUUUAUAUUUCUUGUACAAUCAACCAACUGUAUUUUGCCAAAUCGUCAUCACACCCGUUUCGAAAUGAUUACCGAAUUCCAUACUGCAGCAUGAGUAGAACCAUAAAAUCGUCGAUCAGGCGGACGCAACCUCAUCGUUUGGGCAUUGUUGAAUGCACAAGUUAUAUUCUUAACUUAAUCGAACAAUGUGAAAAAUGAUUUGUUACCGAUCACAGUAGAUAAUCUAGUAAACAAACGAGAUAGAUUUUAGUUAGAAAUAUUAUACGAUCGUUCAGUCGGAAUACGUGAAACUCAGUUAUCGGUAUUAAAUACUGUUAUUUAAAUUACACCGUUUAGGGUACUAAGUUAAUGAAAACGCUGACCAAAUUAACGACGUUAUACAUGAAAUCACACAAUUAGAAUCCAUCUACCACUUCAUUCAACAGUUUGCUACCUCUGAAAUGAAGCAAUGGCAUCAUUAAAAUGACAUCAUGAAAUAAUUGGCAGCAAUAUCAAGGUUCAACUAUUGACUUUUCUCCUCGCUUUUCUCAUCACUUUCAUCAACAUGACCGUUAUUCGUGUACAUGUUUCUUUCUUCGGUGAAAGUAUCGACUCCUAAAUGCAUUUCGAAUUCGAUACUGAGAUCAAAGGACCGUAAUUUCACAGGGUACCCAAAAAUUUUGAUUUACAUCCGAAUCUGAACCCCAACAUUCAUAAUCAUAGCUACGUGGUUUAUGUAUGCGUAAAACUGUAAUUUGACAGUGACAAGUGUGCUGUCGGUGUUAAUUAAUUAUACGUUAAAUGACGAAAACAAUUUAAGUAAUAUUCACGUGCCUUAUAUUAAGUGUCUAUUAAUGAAUUUUUCAUGAACAUAUGAAAAUUGGUGAGACGAGAUUGACGUUAUACGAUGCUAAUUGCGUAAAAAUUAUAGUACGUGUGUUAUAAUCCAUCAGCCGACUAGUAAAAAUAUCUUUUUCAUAUCUAUUAUUUACAUGAUGAUAUUCAAGGGCGGCACAUCGCAAGCAGAUAUUUUCCACGCAUCUAGUUGUACGCAAUCUGUCGAGGUAUAAAGAGCAACAAAUCAAUCCCACGAGGAAGUGACUACAGUUUCGUUUAUUAUUUUUCACUUUUCAUUCUAUUUUUCUAUCUCUUUCCCUCUCUCGAAUCUUAACUAAUCCUGAUAUUCAGGAAAAAAACGAUUCAACAAAACCUAACAAGGUCAUUUUUGAAUAUUUAUUCUAUAUAAUCAUACAUGUCAGACUUUGCAGUUGAAUUUACCUUUUUUACUCUUGAGCUAACCUAAAAAAUCAUAAGAGGGUUUCAUAAAAACUGAGUAAUUCAAGAUGAGCAUACAUAGCUCUUUUAUUAACAUAUAGAAGAAUGAUCUCUUCGCGUUCACUGAUUUUCUUAUCAUCAGAAAUUAGGGUAAUUGACAAUCAUAACACAGUGGAGUAGAAAUGAAAUCGGCACUAAUGAAAAUUAGUGCUUACACGUGGAUCCGAGCUAUUCGAAUAUCUAAAUUACUCGGAUCCGUCAGUUAUGAAUCUUCAAAUCCGAAUACUUCGAGUACCCGAAUGAUUCGAUCAUCCGGGUAGUUCGGAUAUCCGGAUAGAGUGAGUAUCCGUAAACUUCGAGUACCCGGAUAGUAAGUAUACCCAGAACAUCUCAUACAAAAUUUGAAAAUAAAUUAGGUUCACGCCACAAGUUUAAGAAAUUUGAAAAAGAGUUGUGUAUUUUUGCAACCAAGUUUUACGAGAUUGUGAAUCAAGUGUCGAAUUCAUACGGAAUGUAGGACAAUUCCACUUCUCUGUAAAGAAAUUGUACUCCUGCUCCACUUCUGUGUAGAAAGUCUGUAGUAAACUGGCAAACAUUUUCAAGAGUUUACAUAUAAUAGUAGUUAUAACUAACACGUAGCUGUAAUACUUGUAUUGGAACUAGCUUAAAAAUAUUCGUAUCAUUCGGAUGGUUUAAGUAUCCAAAUAAAUCAAGUGCUCCAACUAUUCGAAUAGUUCGGAUAGUUCGUACAGUAUGCAUACCCGGGUACUCCAGUAACUACUUGAACUAUCCAUAUAGUUCGGAUAUCCGAAUUUGAAGCGUUGGAUCUGGUGAAUCCGGUAUAUUUGACCUGGUAGUACACUUUGUUAUUCAGGUUUGACCUUUAUGACAAAAGAGUACUCACUGGAAAUGAUUGGAUAUUAAUAUAUUGUACACCAAGGGCGAGAAUUGUGUUUUUUGAGGUCGGUGAAGAAGUAUGGAAAACAAAAUAAAUGAAGCGGACUGCGAUUGACAUUCA